AUAAAAAUCGCACCAAAUGCUUUCCGACCCAAAUCUAUAAUCGUCGCCCCUUGUAAAAACGCCAACUGGAGCUGAAAGAGCUUCGAAAAAUAUGUCGGGGGAAACGCAAAAGGAGCGAACAGACGCAACUAAAAGCACAAGUGAUAAAAACAACGAAAAUACUCGGGCUGAUACUGUUAUUAAAGUGAAAAGGACCAUCCCCAGAAAGAGGCAAGAUCUCCUGAAAUGGUAUGGCUGGGGCUACAAUGACUCCAGGUUCUCUCUGGAUCAGGAACACGCUCGUUUCGUCGGAAACCGAUACGCUCUCGCAGGACAACCACUGCCGCACCUGAAAGAAUGGGCCUACGAAAACUUCAGGUUAGACGUAAACAAGCCGCCGAAGAUACCAGAGCCACCCACUUCGUUCCCUGAGAGCAGACUGCCAGGGAACGUGAAGCAGGAGUUGGAGAAGAUAGCUCCACUCAGCGUGGAAGGCAUGGAUCGCCUGAUCAGGGCCCACGGGCAAACCCUGAAGGAUAUAUCUUGUUUGAGAACGAACAGCUUCCCGAGGAUUCCUGAUGCUGUGAUCUGGCCGGAGAGUCACGGACAGGUGGAACAAAUCGUCCAAUGCGCCUCCAGACUGCGCUUCGUCAUCAUUCCGUUCGGGGGCGGCACCUCCGUUUCUGGCGCUAUCACCUGCCCGGAGAACGAGCCCAGACCUAUCCUGGUGCUCGACACUAGCGAGAUGUGUGACAUACUGUGGCUGGACAAGGAACAGCUUUUAGCUAGGGUUCAGGCGGGAAUCGUGGGCCAAGACUUGGAGCGUGAGAUGCGAGCACGCGGCUUCACGGUCGGCCAUGAACCGGACUCGUUUGAGUUCUCCACACUGGGCGGCUGGGUGGCCACCAGGGCUAGCGGCAUGAAGAAGAACACUUACGGCAACAUCGAGGACCUUGUCGUGCAGACCAAGACGGUAACUCCUCGCGGAGUGAUCGAGAAGAGCUGCCGAGUUCCGCGGAUAUCCUGCGGGCCGGAAUGGGAGCACGUCAUCCUCGGCUCUGAGGGAUGCUUCGGAGUCGUCACAGAGGUGACUCUAAAAAUCCGCCCUAUACCGGCUGUGACGCGUUACGGCUCACUGGUGUUCCCGGACUGGGAGUCCGGCUUCCACUUCGAGUGGGAGGUGGCCCGUCAGCGCCUGCAGCCGUCUAGUAUACGGCUCAUGGACAAUGAGCAGUUCCGUUUCGGCCAAGCCCUCAAAACCGAGACGUCAUGGGGCGGGGUCAUCCUGGACGGCCUAAAGCGGAUUUAUAUCACCCGUAUCAAAGGGUUCGACCCCACCAAGCUGUGUGUGGUCACCCUGCUGAUGGAAGGCACUGAGGAGCAGGUCACUGAAAGGGAGAAGAAGUUGAACAGUAUAGCGGCGCAGUACGGCGGCGUCCCGGCUGGGGCAGAGAACGGGGAGAGAGGAUACACGCUGACGUUCGUCAUCGCUUACAUCAGGGAUGUGGGCAUGGAAUACGACGUGGUUGCUGAAUCCUUCGAGACAUCAGUGCCUUGGGACCGCACUCUUGCCCUGUGCCGCAACGUGAAGCGGUGCAUCAGGGAAGAGUGCCAGAAACGCAAAAUUGAACACUUCCUCGUAUCCUGCCGUCUCACUCAAACGUAUGAUGCUGGCUGCUGCAUCUACUUCUACUUCGCUCACAACACGGAACAGUGCAUUGACCCCGUGGCCACCUACGAGGAGAUCGAAGAAGCAGCCAGAAACGAAAUCAUCGCUUCCGGUGGUUCUAUUUCUCAUCACCAUGGGGUUGGCAAACUUCGUAAGAAGUGGUAUACUGAUACAGUGAGUGAACCUGGCAGGCUAUUGCUCUUAGCCGCAAAGAAAGCUUUGGACCCAGAUAAUAUUUUUGCAGUCGGAAAUAUGGUGCUUGGAGAUGACAAUGAAGAUCAUGAGGAAAUGUCAAUCAAAAGUAAAUUAUAGGCCUAAAUAUAAAAAAUAGAGGUAGAUGAAACAUUUUCUAGUUUGUGUUUGUCUCCUCUACAGUACCCAGCGAUAAUAAUUUUACCUAGUCAAGGAUUAUUAUGUAUUUAAUAAAUGGUGAAUCGAAUGGUGGGGUGGUAUAAGAAUAAAUAUAAUUUUAAAGCUUUUGUAUUUCAUAAUAUUUUCACUUAAAUACACUUACACAUUUAUACGUCAAAUCACAUGAUAAAACAUUGUAUUUAAAUUUUAUAAAUAAUUCACAUUAUUUUGGAACUAACAGAAUAUUGUGAAGUAAGUAAAAUGUUUAAGUUUUGUCUUUGUUCCUAAUAACCAGUAUUUUAAGGAUUUCCGUUUAAUACUCUUUUUUCUGUUCCGUUAGUCAGUAUCAGUUAUGAAA